AUGUCGCGCUUUGACUUGCAGGAGUUCGGCGACGCUGCCCCGUUUUUACGCAAAUCCGACCUGGAGCAGAUGUCGGUGCAGACCAUCCCUUUUGACGGUAAGAAGCGAGCCUGGAUCCCUGAUGAAAAAGAAGCGUACAUUGAGAUUGAGAUCAAGGAGUUCAGCGGUGACAAAGUCAUUGUUGACACCAAAGAUGGAAAAACCAUCACAGUGAAGGAAGGUGACAUCCAGCAGAUGAACCCUCCCAGGUAUGACAUGAUCGAAGACAUGGCCAUGCUGACGCACCUCAACGAGGCCUCUGUGCUGUGCAACCUGCGCAGACGUUACUCUUCCUGGAUGAUCUAUACCUACUCCGGCCUCUUCUGUGUGACAGUGAAUCCAUACAAAUGGCUGCCAGUCUACACACCCAAAGUGGUCGCUGCUUACAAAGGCAAGCGCCGCUCUGAGGCGCCACCGCACAUCUACUCCAUCGCAGACAAUGCGUACAAUGACAUGCUGCGCAAUCGAGAAAACCAGUCCAUGCUGAUCACCGGAGAAUCCGGUGCUGGCAAAACUGUCAACACGAAACGUGUCAUUCAGUAUUUUGCCAUUGUGGCAGCUCUUGGGGAAACAGCUGCCAAAAAAGGACAGCACAGUCCUGCCACUAAAACAGGGGGGAAUCUGGAGGAUCAAAUCAUCGAGGCGAACCCUGCCAUGGAGGCGUUUGCUAACGCCAAAACGCUGAGGAACGACAACUCAUCCCGUUUUGGCAAGUUCAUCAGGAUCCACUUUGGACCUACAGGCAAACUGGCCUCGGCUGCUAUUGACAUAUAUCUUCUGGAAAAAUCCAGAGUGAUAUUUCAGCAGCCUGGUGAGAGGAGCUACCACAUCUAUUACCAGAUCAUGUCCCAGAAGAAACCAGAGCUGUUGGACAUGCUGCUGGUGACCUCCAACCCGUAUGACUUCCACUUCUGCUCGCAGGGCGUCACCACCGUAGAGAACCUGGAUGACGGACAGGAGCUGAUGGCCACUGAUAAAGCCAUGGACAUCCUCGGCUUCCUGCCCGAUGAGAAGUACGGCUGCUAUAAAAUAGUCGGAGCCAUCAUGCACUUUGGCAACAUGAAAUUCAAGCUAAAGCAGCGCGAGGAGCAAGCAGAAACCGAUGGCACUGAGAGUGCGGACAAGGCCUCAUACCUGAUGGGAGUCAGUUCAGCUGACCUCAUCAAGGGCCUCCUCCACCCGAGGGUGAAGGUGGGGAACGAGUACGUGGUGAAGGGUCAGAACGUCGAACAGGUUAACUAUGCCGUCGGUGCUCUGGCCAAAGCGACGUAUGACCGCAUGUUCAAAUGGCUCGUGGGACGCAUCAACCGGACGCUGUACACCUCCCUGCCUCGCCAGUACUUCAUAGGAGUCCUGGACAUCGCUGGAUUUGAGAUCUUUGAACUCAAUAGCUUCGAGCAGCUGUGCAUCAACUUCACAAAUGAGAAGCUGCAACAGUUUUUCAACCACCACAUGUUCAUCCUGGAGCAGGAGGAGUACAAGCGUGAGGGAAUUGAAUGGACCUUCAUCGACUUUGGGUUGGACCUUCAAGCGUGCAUUGAUCUCAUUGAAAAGCCGCUGGGCAUCAUGUCCAUCCUUGAAGAGGAGUGCAUGUUCCCUAAAGCCUCGGACAACAGCUUUAAAGCCAAGAUGUAUGACAAUCAUAUCGGCAAGUCGCCUAAUUUCCAAAAGCCGAGGCCAGACAAGAGGCGCAAGUACGAGACCCACUUUGAGCUGGUGCACUAUGCUGGUGUGGUACCCUAUAACAUCUUCGGGUGGCUGGACAAAAACAAAGACCCACUAAACGAGACGGUGGUGGCGUGUUUCCGAAAGUCUUCCAACAAGCUGCUGGCCUCGCUCUAUGAGAACUACAUUGCAUCAGACGCAAUGUCUGAACCGAGGACUGGCAGCAAGGAGAAGAGGAAAAAGGCAGCCUCCUUCCAGACGGUGUCUCAGCUUCACAAGGAAAACCUGAACAAGUUGAUGACCAACCUGCGCAGCACCCAGCCCCACUUUGUUCGCUGCAUCAUCCCUAAUGAGAGCAAGACUCCAGGGAUCAUGGAUCCAUUCUUGGUGCUGCACCAGCUUCGCUGUAAUGGCGUGCUGGAAGGCAUCAGGAUCUGCAGGAAGGGCUUUCCAAACCGAAUCCUCUAUGCUGAGUUCAAACAGCGCUAUCGAAUCCUGAAUCCACAUGCCAUCCCAGAUGAUAAGUUUGUUGACAGCAGGAAAGCGGCAGAGAAGCUGCUGGCCUCGCUGGAUAUCGACCACAGCCAGUACAAGUUUGGACACACAAAGGUGUUCUUCAAGGUCGGUCUGCUGGGUCACCUGGAGGAGAUGAGGGACGAGCGUUUGGCCAAAGUCUUGACACUGCUGCAGGCAACCGCUCGGGGCAAAAUCAUGAGGAUGGAGCUGCAGAGAAUGAAUGCAAAGAAGGAGGCCCUAAUGAUCAUCCAGUGGAACAUCCGGGCCUUCAAUGCUGUCAAGCACUGGCCCUGGAUGAAGCUCUUCUUUAAAAUAAAGCCUCUGCUGAAGAGCGCCGCCACCGAAAAAGAGCUGGCUGCUCUGAAGGAGGAGCUGGCCAGGCUGAAAGAGGCUCUGGAGAAAUCCGAGGUCAAGCGUAAAGAGCUGGAGGAGAGGCAGGUCAGCCUGAUCCAAGAAAAGAAUGACCUCUCUCUUCAGCUGCAGGCAGAGCAGGACAAUCUGGCCGAUGCUGAGGACCGCUGUGAAAUGCUCAUCAAAACUAAGAUCCAGCUGGAGGCCAAAGUGAAAGAAAUCAUGGAGCGGCUGGAAGAUGAAGAGGAGAUGAGCGCUAAUGUGCUCGCCAAGAAGCGCAAGCUGGAGGACGAGUGCGCCGAGCUUAAGAAAGACAUUGACGAUCUGGAGAUCACUCUUGCUAAAGUGGAAAAGGAGAAACAUGCCACUGAGAACAAGGUGAAGAACCUGAUUGAGGAAAUGUCAGCUCUGGAUGAAACCAUCCUGAAGCUGACCAAGGAGAAAAAGGCUCUGCAGGAGGCCCAUCAGCAGACUCUGGACGACCUGCAGGCAGAGGAAGACAAAGUCAACACUCUGACCAAAGCCAAGACAAAGCUGGAGCAACAAGUGGAUGAUCUGGAGGGCUCCCUGGAACAAGAGAAGAAACUGCGUAUGGACCUGGAACGGGUCAGACGUAAGCUGGAGGGAGAUCUGAAACUCUCCUUGGAGUCUUUUAUGGAUCUGGAGAACGACAAACAGCAACUCGAAGAGAGGCUGAAAAAGAAGGAGUUUGAAAUGAAUGCAAUAAGCACCAGGGUUGAGGAUGAGCAGGCCUUAGUCAAUCAGCUCCAGAAGAAGAUAAAAGAGUUACAGGCUCGUUCAGAGGAGCUGGAGGAGGAGCUGGAGGCCGACCGGGCUUGCAGGGCCAAAGUGGAGAAGCAGCGUGGUGAUGUGGCUCGCGAGCUUGAAGAGCUCAGCGAGCGACUCGAGGAGGCUGGUGGGACCACCUCAGCUCAGAUCGAGAUUAACAAGAAAAGAGAGACAGAUUAUCUGAAGCUGCGGCGAGACCUGGAGGAGGCCAUGCUGCAUCACGAGUCCACGACGGCAGCCCUGCGGAAGAAGCAUGCUGACGGCGUCGCUGAGCUGAGUGAGCAGAUCGACAGCCUGCAGCGAAUCAAACAGAAGCUGGAGAAGGAGAGGAGCGAGGCCAAGAUGGAGGCUGACGAUCUGGCCUCCACUGUGGAGCAUCUUUCCAAGGGCAAGGCCAAUUCAGAGAAGAUGUGUCGCCUGUAUGAAGACCAAAUGAACGAGUCUAAAGCCAAGGUUGAAGAGCUCCAGAGGCAGCUCAACGAUACGAGCACCCAAAGGGCCCGUGCUCAGGCCGAGAGUGCUGAGCUGGGAAGGAAGCUGGAGGAGCGAGAGUCCAUGGUGUCUCAGCUCCAGAGGGCCAAGAACUCAUAUAGCCAGAAUGUGGAGGAGCUCAAGAAGCAGCUGGAGGAGGAAAAUAAGGCUAAGAACUCCCUGGCCCAUGCACUGCAGUCAACCCGACAUGACUGCGAUCUCCUGCGGGAGCAGUAUGACGAGGAGCAGGAGGCCAAGAGUGAGAUGCAGAGAGCUCUGUCCAAUGCCAACGUCGAGGUGGCUCAGUGGAGGACUAAGUAUGAAACUGAUGCCAUCCAGAGAACUGAGGAGCUGGAGGAGGCCAAAAAGAAGCUGGUGAUACGUCUGCAGGAUGCUGAGGAGGCAGUGGAGGCAUCUAACGCCAAGUGCUCCUCCCUGGAGAAAACCAAACAUCGGCUCCAGACAGAGAUUGAGGACCUGAUCAUCGACCUGGAGCGAGCUAAUGCUGCAGCUGCUGCGCUCGAUAAAAAGCAACGCAACUUCGACAAGGUGCUGGUUGAGUGGAAACAGAAGUAUGAGGAGUGCCAGUCUGAGCUGGAGACCUCUCAGAAGGAGUCUCGUGGCCUGAGCACAGAGCUCUUCAAACUGAAGAAUUCUUAUGAGGAGAGUCUGGAUCAUCUGGAGACAAUCAAGAGGGAGAACAAGAACCUGCAAGAGGAGAUUGUUGACCUGUCUGAUCAAAUGAGUCAGGGAGUGAAGACCAUCAAUGAGCUGGAGAAGAUUAAGAAGAGUCUGGAAAUGGAGAAAAGUGAGAUUCAAGCUGCGCUGGAGGAAGCUGAAGGCACUCUGGAGCACGAAGAGAGCAAAACUCUCAGAAUCCAGCUGGAGUUAAACCAGAUUAAGGCCGAUGUGGACAGGAAGCUGGCAGAGAAGGACGAGGAAAUCGACAACCUCCGUCGUAACCACCUGAGAACCCUGGACUCCAUGCAGGCCACCUUGGAUGCUGAGGCUAAGUCUCGCAACGAGGCAGUGCGCCUGAGGAAGAAGAUGGAGGGCGACCUGAAUGAGAUGGAGGUGCAGCUGAACCACGCCAACAGGCAGGCCUCCGAGUCCCAGAAACUCCUGAGGAACCUGCAGGUGCAGAUCAAGGACAUUCAGAUGGAGUUAGAUGACACUAUUCACAAGAAUGAGGAGCUGAAGGAGCAGGUGGCGGUGACUGAACGGCGGAACAACCUGCUGGCUGUCGAGGUGGAGGAGCUCAGGGCUCUGCUGGAGCAAAACGACCGUGCACGCAAGCUGGCUGAGCAUGAGCUGCUGGAGGCCACGGAGAGAGUCAACCUGUUGCACUCUCAGAACACUGGGCUGAUCAACCAGAAGAAGAAGCUGGAGAGCGAUCUGUCCAUUCUGUCGAAUGAGGUUGACGAUGCUGUUCAGGAAUGCCGCAACGCAGAAGAGAAGGCCAAAAAGGCCAUCACUGACGCGGCCAUGAUGGCAGAGGAGCUGAAGAAGGAGCAGGACACCAGUGCCCACCUGGAGAGGAUGAAGAAGAACAUGGAGCAAACUGUAAAGGACCUGCAGAUGCGUCUUGAUGAGGCCGAGCAGAUUGCCCUCAAAGGAGGCAAGAAGCAGGUUCAGAAGCUGGAGGCCAGGGUCAAAGAACUGGAGAACGAACUAGACUCUGAGCAAAAGAAGAGCCAAGAGUUUCAGAAGGGAGUACGCAAGUACGAGAGGAGAAUCAAAGAGCUGUCCUAUCAGUCUGAGGAAGACAAGAAGAACCUGCUGCGCUUGCAGGACCUCAUCGACAAGCUGCAGAUCAAAUUGAAGAGCUACAAGAGGCAGGCUGAGGAAGCAGAGGAACAGGCAAACACCAACAUGUCCAAGUACAGGAAGCUGCAGCAUGAGCUCGACGACGCAGAGGAGAGGGCCGAUACGGCCGAGUCGCAGGUCAACAAGCUGCGUGUCCGCACCCGUGACCAAGGCAGCAAGCACACUGAGUGAUGCCAUGAGGCUGCAAGUAAACAAGUCAGCUGCAACAGAUGUGCUCGGCUGUGUGAACGCCCAAAUAAAGACUUUUAAAUCUUUCCCUAUGACUGAUGUGUGUGAAUGUGAAGAAGGUAGAAACCCCACAAAGGUCUAAAGAAGAAUUUAUUAUAUUAUUAAUUUGACAAACAGUUGUUAAAUAAGGAAAAUGAAGUUCAACACCAGCAUUAGAGGAGGAAGGUGAAGGGUUAGAGCCUGUUACAGAAGUGGUUAUAGUUGGAUGUGAAACUGAAACGUGAAUCUUUUCUUCUUUGUUUGAUUAGUCAGACGUGUGCAGACGUGAUUAUUUAACACAACCAUGAGAGAUUUUCUGCAUUUAUGGUUUAAAUUUUACACCACGAAUUAUCCACUGUUAAUAGUUGUCCUCUACGACAAAAACAUCCACAGAUGCUGUUGAUCGUUGUGUGUUGAGAGACAAUAUUUGAUCAAAAAUCACCACAUGGUCCGAGUUUUAACUGCCAGUUUAGGAGUGGCUGCAAAAUGUUUGUCUAAUAAUAUCCACACCAUGCCAAACGUGAUAUGAAACUAGUUCAAGUCAAAACAUGUGAGGCCUCUAAUUAAAGUGGUAAAAUCAAACACUGCGCAGCAUGUUCUUGACCAAGAGGAUAAGAUUUCACCAUUUCCAAGCACAAAAUAAUGUAUGAAAUCUAAGGCCUACUCGGAGCUUCACACCACAUAUGGCAGAACUGUGGAGAUGCAGUUCUCUCAUGCUCAUACAGAGGGCUCACUCUCUCACUUCACAGCACAAAGCUACAGCAGUCAGGAAGUGUCAAUGCAUUAGCUCACAACAUUCUUGUUUUUCUUUGACUUCCACGGUGGAUGACUGGAGCGAUACCAGGGGUUUACAUCCAUGAAAAAACAUGAUCAGUUCUCAGGUCAAAAACACCACUGCAGUAUCACGUUAAACAAAGCAUUUAUCUCAGGGAUUCAGCAAGAAAAUGAGAAUUUUCUCACUGCAAAAGAUGAACUGUUAAAGUAUGUGCAUACUCAGAGAUUUCUUUUAAGACAUGCUGAAUGAAAAUUCGUGAGCAAGGAAACAUUUCUGGUUAUCAGCUUUAAAGCAAAUAAAAGGCUUCAGAUGUGUAAAAGGACAUGUGUUUGCAUCCCAUUAUACAUUCACAUGAAUCAUGACUGUACACUUGUCAUUAGACGUGGUUAGAUCUGUACGGUAUCAGGAGAAAAUAUGAGGUAGCUCAUUCAUUUUGUACUUAUCGUGAGUGUUCAAUUUAAGACGCCAAAUAUCUGUUCAGCUCUGUAACUACACAUUCAUGCCAUGGAAACAUCAUCACAGCCGAACUCAAGCUAUAAGAGCAACCACACAGAAAGAUUGUCAUUCUCUGAGAUUAAGAUAAAUCAGACGGUGGUAGACUUUGAGUCUAAUGAUGAUGAUGUUGGUCUAAAGGCUGAGUCACAUAAAACAGUGUGUGGAGCAAUGAAAGUGGUAUCUUAACACUAGCACCUGCAUAGUUUAUUCUCUUUCCCAAAGCAUAUCCCACAGCAUUGGAUACAAAUUCUGUACAAAAUGAUGGUGAUUUAUUCAACAAAUGAGUUAAACUAUAAUAAACAAUAAAAGCAAUUUAAUCUGUGCAAUGUUUUAUUCUACAUUUUAUCCAGAGCUAAAAGCCAUUGUUUUCAACAUGACAAAAAUAGAUCAGCAAAAAGAACCUGGAAAAGAGACGAGUUGCUGUGUGAAGCUUCUGAAGCCACAGCAGAGUGGAUGGUUUUUAGGUGAAAGGAGCCCCGUGUGUGUGAUUUUGUGAUACAUGUCAGCCGGCCCAUGAGCUACUUAAAUGUUUCGAGUAGAGCCAGAAAGCACCAAUCAACAAUAGCCACCUAAUAAAAUAGACCCACAGACGGGUUAAAAGGAAAUGCUGUUCAUCGACAAGACCCCUGCAAAAAUGUCACUAAUGCCCCCCCCCCCCACAGG